AGUUUGAACUUCAACAGGUGUUAAAACGCAUACGUUACGAGAGAAGCGGUUUUUCAACGGCCGCACACGAGAUUUCGGUAACAAAAGGAGCAACAAACGGCAUCGCUUGACUAACACAAAACAAAAAAACAUAUAUAAAAGUAUAAUUUAAAUUUAACAUACAACUAUUAAAACGUGACAAAAUACAAAUUUUAUAACAAAUAUCCAGUAAAAUUUGCACUCAAAAAAUACUUAGCAUAUCCUAUCAAAAACUUUUGGAUUACUCCGCUACAUUCGGGAGAUACAUAGAGGGAGAGAGAGAGAGAGAGAGAGUUUGAGAACUUAAAAAAUGGGUCGCCCACCAAGACUGGUGCUGCUGCUGGUCAUCUCACUGUGUGUGUUCCAUGUGAGCCACUCAAUCGAUUCCCAGCCAGCUAAGGACGCCAAAGUAGCAAUCCCCGAUGAGCCGCUGAGCAAUGAAUUGUUUUCCGAUGAGGAGAUCGAUACCAAAAACGCUGGCAUUAAAAUUUCAACGCCCAAGGUAAAGGAGAUGCCCGUGGAUACGACCACAAAGAGCGCCAAGAAGUCGGUUAGCAUAACCACAAAGCAACCGGUUAGCGAGGAGACGCUCCAGGAUCUGCUGGAAGCAGCCAAGCAUAGUGUUGCCCUCGCCGAGGAUCCGCGCUUCAAUAAAAUGCUGCCAGAUCGCUUAAAGUUGGAGAAUGCUACAAGCAGCAAGAACAGCACCGAGGAGAACUACGAGUACGAUGAGGACGACUAUGACCUAUACAGCUACGGCAGCGCCGAGUUCGAUGACGAUGACGAUGUCAAGGACACAACAAGUGCGCGUCCCAAAAAGAACAAGCCAUCCAAGACAACCACACCCAAGCUGCGACCCAUUGAUGAAAGUAGCUCCAGCAAGCCAAAGGCCAAGAGCGGCAAGCAAAUCGAUGGCGACGACAAACAGAACAACAUUGAUAGCGACUCAAACUACGAGGACUACGAUGAUGACGAUGACGACGAUGAUGCCGACGACGAUGCUGAUGAUGAUGACGAGUCGGACAAGCUGACGGAUGAGGAGCAGGUGGUGUUCAGCGAGAAUGUGCCUUGCCCCAGAUACUGCUCCUGCUCACGCAACAUUAACAGCUACCUGGUAGCAACAUGCAGCAGACUGGAUCCGGGUACACAGAAGUUUGGCUCGGAUAUUACCGAUUUGGUGGUCACCAAUGUGGGUCCGAAAUAUCCCAUUCUGCUGGGUCCCAAGUUCUUCCAGCAGCUGGGCCUGAAGUUUGUUGCCUCCAUCAAGAUUGCUAAUUGCACCAUUGAAUACAUGCACCCAGAGGCUUUCCACGGUCUCGAUGAGCUUUAUUCAGUCAACAUGACGGACGUUGGCCUGGCCAUCAUUAACCCAGAUACUUUUGUCCUGAACAAGAAACUGCGCAUGCUCACCAUCUCUGGAAACGAUCUGAGCGUUAUGUCCACUCUCCAUUACUUGCUGAAGUCUUCCAGCAUUGAGGAACUCGACUUUUCGCGCAAUAACCUAAUGGAGCUGAAUCCCAGCGCAUUUACCAAACUCUCCAAUAUCGUUUACAUAAAUCUGUCGCAGAAUAAUUUGCAAAAGAUACCCGAGAAAGUUUUCGCAACAGUUGAUACGAUCGAGGAACUGGAUCUGUCCUACAAUUCGCUUAAGGAGCUGCCUGCAACCGUUUUCAGUGGUACGGCUCUAUCGAUCCUCCAUCUGAAGUAUAACACCUUUACCGGCGAUUUGCACUUUGGCAUCAAGGAGCUGCAGCAACUGGAUCUGAGCUUCAAUUCGAUUACCCAUGUGCAUCACACCAUGUUUGACAAAAUGCCCGGCUUGACAAAUCUGAAUCUGAAGGGCAAUGGCAUCACCAAAAUUCAGCCAGACUCAUUCCUAACGCUGAAGAGCCUGCGUCACAUUGACCUGUCCAUGAACGAGCUGGACCAGAUCUCCGGUAUGAUAUUCUUCAAGAACUCCGAACUGGACGUUAUCCGGUUGAACGAUAAUCCCCGCCUGAGCCAGUUGCCCACCGAUGGUUUCAUCAGCUACAAUGGCUACUUCACUGUUUACUAUUUGGACCUGUCCAACUGUGCCAUUGGUGCUCUGGGACACAGGACCUUCUCGACUAUGCCGCAUUUGACAACGCUCAAGCUGGCGUGGAACAACAUUAACAACUUGCCCCGUGCCACGUUCGCAAGUCUGACCAAGCUCAUCGAUUUGGAUUUGAGUAACAAUCUGAUUACCAAGCUGGAUGAGCUUUGCUUUAUGGAGAACAACGAAUUGACCAAACUAAAUCUGGCCGGCAAUCCCAUCACCCACCUGUCAGUGCGCCUCUUCAUGCCAUUCCACCAGCUGCGAUCUCUGGACGUAAAUGACUGUGAACUGACAUCCCUGAUGACUGACAAACAGUUUGGCAGCGACUAUAAGUUCUUUGAGACGCUGCGUUUCUUCAAUGCGUCUGGCAAUCUGAUUGAAAAUAUCACAGUCGAUGAUAUUAAAAGCUUUAAGAAUCUGCGCUCAUUGGACAUCACACACAAUCCACUGAAGUGCAAUGAGGACUUCCAAAAGUUCAUCAUCUAUGUGUCGCUGCAUACUAAGACACUGGCCAAGAAGAUGCCUCUGCUGAGCUAUCUGGAGUUGGAUGCGACAACCUUCAUUGAUGUUGAAACACAGGCUGGAUGGAGUGAACUGGCCCAGGACGUGUGCAAGCACAAUGGCACCUGGGGCGAGGAGGAGGACAGUAUCGAGAAGCGCAUUACAGAGAGUGAGAAGAAAGUGGACGAAGAUGAGAAGAAGCUGCUCAGCGUUCUCGACAAGAGUGUGCUGGAUAAGACCAAGUUAAGCAGCAUGCAGAAGAUCAUGAAGGGAUCGGACAGUGCUGAGGGAGUCAAGAGUAAAAUCUCCGACAGCGAGGAGGAAUUCAUGAACAAUGGUGGCGAAGAAAAAGAUGAAAAUGAGAACGAAUACGACGAGGACCUAAAUGAUAGCGAGUAUGAUGAUGAUGAUGAUAGCGAUGACGAUGACGAUGAUGAUGACGACGACAACGAAAAGCCGAUCGACAAGAAGAAGAAGAAGAAGAACGACAUUGAAUCCGAUUUCAAGAAGUACGUGGAAACCGAACUAAAACCCAAGAUCAAGAAUCACGGCCUCAAAGUGGAGGAAGUUGAUAUGACCAAGGAGACCGAAGACAAAUUCCUGCUAGGCAAACUUGGCAUUGACAGCGACGAAUUGAACAGUGACGAGGAGGAGAUCAUUAUUGAGCGUGGUCACGUUUACUAUGGCAACUCCAACUUUAUUAUACCAGGCCUUAUUGUUUUGAGUUGCUUGGUGGUGAUUCUCCUGGGCUUGGCCAAGAUGGUGACACUGAUUCUGCGCAAGCGUGGCGAGCGCUAUCGCAUGGCCAUAAUGGCGUCGAAGAACUCCUUUGUGUAUCAGAAACUCACCGAGGACAUUGUCAAGCCGCAGGUUAGCAAGGAAGCAAAACAACCAAAGGUGCACCGAUAUGCGCCCAUCAAUCAGGUCUAAGUCCGUACCGCAGCUCCCGGAACUUUAUCGCGGGAGUCGAGUGUGUGUGUUGCGCUGUUUUCUUAAUUUAUAAGUUAAUUCAUAGUUAAACACGUGGAAAUUGCAAAAAACAACAUGAAAUAUAAACAAUACAUAAAACAAAAACAAAUACAAAACCCGGUUCGGCUGGACUUCAAAACCCAACUCGAGUCAAGUUUAACCGAGCGCGUGAAAAAGUAUUAGCAAAAAAAAAAAACAAACUGAAAGAAAAUACUGAAAAACCCUCCCUACUCCUUCCACAUUAAUUAUCUACCUAUCGAUAUAGCAAAUAGUUGUUGUUGUUCUUAAUUCGGUUGCAGCCACCGAUGGCAAAAGGCAGAAGUUGAGAUCGUGUGCGAACAAUUAGCAACCGUUUCGGAAGCAACGGAUUUGAAACUGAUUGCGUUCGCCGCAUUAUUUUUGUGUUUCUUCAUAAAGCUUCUUUUUUUUUGUAUAUUUUUUUUUUGGAACAGUUUUGAAGAUUUAGUGCCAUUUUGCCGAAAUUCAUAAUGUAAUAAAAUCACCGAAAGUUAGAGAGAGGGAUAUAUAUUUACAUACUAUAUAUACAAGUAUUUUGUAAACUGGCAAUCAGUCAUAUUGAAACGGUUUGGCGAAGUAGAUCUGAACCUGUCAGAUUCCUUAAAGAUAACAUUUGAUUUCAAAUCUGGGCAAGAUAAUACGUUAAGUCUUUUUUAUUCUAUAUUCCUUUUAAUUAAAUCAAGCAAAUGUUGGACUUUUAAACAUAUUCUGAAAUCAAUAAAUUAUUUUAACCAAA